AUGCUCAUAUCAUUGUUGAAAAAGGAAAAAGAAUUGUGCAAGUCAUAAAAUAUAGUAAACCCAAGUUUGGAUCACUAAAUAAUAAAGAGAAGCAAAUCUUAACUAUAUGAUUAAAAUAAAUCAUAAUUUAUGGGGCAACUUAGAAAUAUUUGGGACUACUCAUAAAUAUUAUCGAAAACUCAUAAUUAUUAAAGUAAUAAUCUUUAUUUUUAGUUUAAUAGUAGCAUCAAUUCUUUUAAGCUAGAUUCAAAAGUAAUAUUAACAAUAUUUAUAUUUUUAGCCUCCAAUUACAUUACAACACUCCUCAUUUCCAAAAAAGCAAUAUUUCAAGCUAAAGGAGCUUUAAUUCUGAAAGGAGAUUUUAUAAAUCAAUUCGGUAUAGAUUUAAAGACAUUGUUUAAAUAAAAAGGAAGUUGCUUUUUAGAAGACUUAUAGAAAAAGUGA